CGUCACCAAACGGGAAGUGAUCUCGUUGUUUCUGCUGCCUGGCUGCGGUGCGGAAGGCUCGCGGACCAAAACAACUUUUCCUCUUCUUCCUCCUCUUGUUCUUCUUUUUUUCUUCCUCCUCUUUCUCCUCCUCGUGGACCAUGGACGGGAAUCAGAGUUUAUUUCUCUCAGCUGCUCUGCGAUCAUGAGCACCUCGGACCUGUCCACAGUGGAUGGCCCUGAUAGGCUGUGUGUUUCUGAGCGCGCUCAGUGCGUCCCGUCUCAGGUCCUUCACCUGCGUCAGCUUCCUGUUGACGUCUCUGAACAGGAAGUGCUCGCUCUGGCCGUACCCUUCGGCCGGGUCACUAAGCUACUAACACUGAAGGCCAAGAACCAGGCGUUUGUUGAGAUGGCGUCGGAGGAAGCGGCCGUUACCAUGGUGAACUACUACACCGCGGCCCCGCCCACCGUCAGGAACCAGCCAAUCUUCAUCCAGUACUCCACCCACCGGGAACUCAAGACAGACAACCUGACCAAUCAGGUGACGGGCCGCCCACUUCUGCACAUAGACACACACAGACAC